UUUACUUGACAAAAUUCAGAAGAAUUACGGGAUUUAUAAAAAUAUUACGGAAUAGUAAAGUGUUUAAUGUUUCGUUAUUGAUUUCUAUGCUCUCUGUUUUUUUACCAGUUUUCAAUGGAGUCGUUAGUGAUAAAGUAUUUUAAGUUUAUUUUUAUUAUUUUGAAUUGGAAAACUGGUGGUGACGUUGCGAGAACGUCUCGAGAAUGUUUGCUAGAAUGUCUCGAGAACGUGUGAUUUAUAUUCUUUUUUCUUGUGAGAUUCUCACUUGAACGUUGAGGAGUGAUGAUCCACGAAUGAAGGGACGUCACAUUAUUUUUCUGAAAAAUUUUUGCUGUUUAUUCAUUUAGCUGCAUAGAUUGAGGAAUGUUUUCCAUUUGUGUUGACAAUAAUUUCUGACUUCUUUCUCAAUGACAAGGUUAUUUGUUCGCUAGUGUAAUACCUCCUAUUCGUUAAAAUUGUGCUUGAAAAAAAUAUUAAGUCAAGGUAUAUUACAGCUAAAAAUAUUAUGGCAUUUUUUAUGGUACAGUAAAAAUACUAUUAAACAUUUAAAUGUUUCGUUACGCGAUCACGGGUGGUCUGUACUUCCUGACAAUUUGUUAAAUUGUGCUUUCAAUUAAAAUAUGAUAAGUUAAUUUCUUUUGUUUAGAAUCGUGGAACCGACGGACGUCACGACGUCCGUCGCUGGCCAAAGGUAUUGUAUCGCUGUAGUAUGUUUGAGUUAUUCUCCUUUCCCUGUCGGCAUUUCCCGAUUUUAUCGUUGAGUGAAAGUUAAAGGAUGAAAUAAAGAUGUCGAGAAAUUUUCCCAGAAAUUUUCCGCUUGUCUAUUUUAAUAUUUUCAGCGUUUCUCGAAAUAUUUUUUAUUCAUCGUUAGAUUGGGAUUGAAAGAUAAUCGAGUCGAUUUAUAUUCGUUGAUAGUACAAUACACUCGGAUAUGUAAAGUAACACUAUUCACUAAGAAUAAUAAAUAAUUUAUGCAGACUUUGUCAAUUAUCUUCUGUCACUAAUUCUUCACAUUUUUUUUGCAGAGAUUAAUUGACGCGUAGUCGUGACGAAGAUAACCGCUUCGACAUAUUGCGAUUGCACAAACAAAAAUAAAAAAAUUGUACUUCAACAAGUCAUGAAGUACUCACGACCUCGUCGAUGUUUAAACAACCACUGAAGGAGUUUUCAUUGACGUUCCACCACGCAUUUCUCUCCCACAUCACUCACGUCUUUUUGGCCAGCACUGUCGAAAAGAUGUUUUUAAAUAAAAAGACUAUUUAUGUAAUAGUUGAUACGUAUGAACACUACAUAUACAUCAUAAAUGUGUGCAAUAAGCGCAUUAGUGUCUCGUGUGAUAGCCGUGUGGUGAGCAUCAUGUCCGAGCCAAUGCCGCCGAAAACGCUGUACAUCGGUAACCUCGAUGUCAGCGUAACCGAGGACUUGCUGUGUGCCCUCUUCUCCCAGUUUGGCUGUGUCAGGGGUUGCAAAAUCAUACGAGAGUUGGCCGGUAUACUGCUGUGCCUCGCACUAUUGAGCGAGGAUAUCCAAGCAGUAUUAAACAAAAGUACUACCAAAAAUGUGAAUAAUGAAAAUUCAGAGAGCGACAAGAAGAGUGAUAAAACAGCGGAAGAUAGAAUAAGCAACGAAUACGGUGUACCAUUGCCGAGUUUUAAUGGACCAGCUCCAGUAUACGGACCGCCUGAAUUAACUGGAAAUCAUGCGCCGGUGCAAGUAUUUCCACCACCCCCACCAGAACUACCACCACCACCCCAAGUGGCUCACCUCCCAGGACCUCGGCCACUCUCAUUGUACGGACUUCCCCGAAAUCCACCACAAUUGCAGUAUCCCCCUAGACCCCUGAACCUACCGCCCUGGAAAUUGUCUCCCGCAUCUACCCGUUUUCCCCAAAAACCAUCUGGCCAUGGACCUCCAAUUCCAAUAUCAGUGGAAGCUUAUGGGCCACCAGUUAAUGCCCCAACUCCUCAAUUCACCGUACCCCAGAAUAACUACCCUCCACCUCCACCCCCACUCUCCCUGCCCCUUCCCCCCGUUCCCCAACCACCACCACCGGGUGUACCAGCUCCUCCAACUCCCCCCGAUAUCAAAUACGACGGUUGGCAACCCAUUGCCGGUCACGUAGAGACACCAAAUGCAAACAUCCACACACCACCUAGUGUCAAUCUUGAUCACUCAGCCAAUGUCAAUUUGCCAAGUAACUCGUACGGUGAACCGAUAAACAAUCCAGAGGCUCACAGCCUCAGACAGUCAAUUGGCCAUAGUGAUCAUGGCUUGCCACCUCCAUUGUUACCGGAUGCCGAGCCACUUCACAAUAUCCAGGAAGCGGCACAGAGCCUCCCAGCGCACCCCACUCAUACGCCCGAGUCAUCCCCAACAGCCAGUGCCCAAGUAUCCUCCUUCGACGGUCCUUCACCUUCCGGCUUGGACCAUCACGCAAACAGCAAUCAGAUCCAGGACCUUCCCCUGAAUUUUCCACCCCAACAAGCCCCUAACUGCUACAAUUCUCCACCUUCGGGCCCAGGAUCAAUCGGCGAAUCCUAUGGUCCUCCGCCUCCAGUGCCAGGACCUGUCAGCGAUUCCUACGGGCCCCCCUCACCAGGACCAGUCAGCGACUCCUUCGGUGCACCUCAUCCAGGACCAGUAAGCAACUCUUACGGUGCACCCCCCUCGGGAUCAGUAAGCGACUCCUACGGGGCACCGCCACCAGGACCAAUCAGUAACUCCUACGGUGCACCACCACCACCUCGUCGACCUAUACCCCUCAGUGGUCCCUACACACCUCACAGCUUCAGCUUUGGCUCGAGCUUCAGCUCGACCGGCUUCCGUCAAUCCCAUCGUCACCACUCCUUCCCAUCCCACCCCCGAAAUCACGGUUCAUCCCGCCCCUACAAUGUCUCCCCCACUCUCCUUCCCCCAAGGAGUCGGGCUCCCAUCAAAUUCCGAGAAUCUGUCCCCCCGGGAUUAUUCAGUACAAUCAAACACUUCUCAUCGCCAGUUCACUCCACUGGUCCCGUGAAGCCCGCAACUAGUUAUGGCCCACCAAGAUCAGGUUUCAACCUUCAACAGCAGCCACCAACCCUGUCCAACCCCGUGUCUUUCCACUCAACCAAUACAGCUACCACAAGCCUCGCAACAAGCAUUCCAUCCUCCAUUGGAUCCCCCCUUGCCGCACCAAACGUCAACUACGGCACACCGCUCUCCUUCACCACCUUCAACACACCCUCCCCAGUAUUGACUUAUGGCGCACCAAACUUUAACCCAGGGACCACCUUCAUCUCGACGUCAAAUGUGGCUCGAGGUAAUCUCUACAAUCAAAACAGUUUCCUAUCGACAUCAUAUGGCAGUCCCCUGGUAUCUCCGUUAUUCAAUGGCCAGCCCGACGUCGGUGAUUACCAAAAAUCAGUGGAGACACCCAUUCAAUUACCAAGUUUCCCAACAUCUCAAGGAAACUCAGAUUCUUCAUCAUUAUUAGACUAUCCACUACCCUCCAUCAAUGAAUUGGCGUUGGAUCCAAUUCCCAGCAUUGAACAGCAUCAACUAGAGAUGAAAGAUAGCUACGGUAAUCCCUUGGAAACUGGUUACGAUCAGAGAUCAUCUCCGAGUGUGAAUAAUUACAACAGCGAAACCAUUGUCAAUGGAGCAACGGCUGAGGCCCUGACCGCAGCAUUGACGGCAGAAGGAUACAGUCAAGGUUACAAUGACCAACGUGCUCCAGAUUACAACGAUCAACAUCUAGCGGAUCCCCACAAUCAGGCCUCCACCAACGUUGUCGCAACAAACACCAUCAACGUCGAUCAGCUGACGCAGUUGCACGACGGUGACAAUGAGCCAGCGCUGGCCCUUGCGCAGACUCUCUCCGCGGAGGGUGUAUCCGAUGGCUUCCAGAUACAGGGAUCCAAGGGGACUUACUCCCUGCAAAUUCAAUCGUCUAACGGUCUCCAGCAGAACUCCGAUGGUACGAUAAGACACGAUCAGCUGCUGUCAGACGGUCUUCUGCAAGAUAUUCUUCAGGCUAUUGAACAGCCCGGGGAACGUGGUAGGAAUCAGGUGGUUGAGAUCCAGGGAUCGCCCCAGGCACAGCACCUCGCUGAAAUCCAUCAGGAGUACCAGGAGUCUCACGAGCAUAACGACGAUGACUUAGCUCACGCAGCCGCUUCCUCCAUUGUCACAGCUACGACGAAAGACAAGAGCGAGGGAGUCGUGAAUCCCGAGGACGUUGCCCUCUUCUUCAAUAAUAACUACACCGAUGACUCCUCCAAGGAGAUCAGAUCGACAGCCAACAGCGAAGGUAAUAGUGAAGAUCUGAAGAAAGUUAGUGAGCAAGUAACGAUUACGACCACCACCGAGAAGUCCUCGUGAAGUCCGCUCAAACUACUCUAUCGUUAAUAUUUAUUAUUAUUUUUCAAUGAAAAGAUACUGCAAUCGUGUAAUCAAAGACAGAAAAUUCAAGAAAUGCACUCGGGGAGAUGCUGUUAGAUAAAUUCUCAUCAAAACGGCGUAUCUUGUCUUCUACACCACAACUUGCGUCAGCGGAAAUGCGAGAUAUCAUCCAACUUUCACCAGCUGCCGCGUAAUCCACGUGGCCAACUUAACUCCUAUAUAGAUCAGAUCAUCAUUCUCUGAUAAUUCAACGACGAGUUAAUUAUGUGUACGUUGGAGCUAUUAAUUAUGUACACAACACUUGAAAACAUUUGAUAUCUGCUGUUGUUAUUUUUUUGCCGCUCUACUGACCGGACGAAGAUAACGAAUAAGCCAACGGAACUCAGGAGCAUCAACUUUUAUCAUCUGGUGAACAAGCAAAGGGGAAGAACAAUACGUUAAUAAAAAUAUUAAAAUACCGAAUGUAUCAGGGACAAUGAGAUUUUGGUCUGCAUGUGGGUCAACGGGUCAGUUUCAACGGCGAAAAUUCUUCACAGUGAUGUGCACUGAGCACGGAUGAGCCCGAAGAAGCAAGGUGAAAGUUCAGUGUUGUCUACUUGAAGGAGAUGUGUUCCGUGAAAAAGGAGUAACCAGUGAAAACCAGUCUCUCUUCAUCAAUCCACCAACCUGUCCAGCCAUUUAAGUGGAUAAUUUUUUUUUUGGGACUAGCCCUAGAUGUUCUUGGAAUGAAUUCCAAUCGAAAGAGGAACAACAAAAUUUGAUGCCUAAUACGAAGUGUUCUGAUCUAGACUCUGGGAUGUUUAAUGAUCGACUGCAUAAACCCUGACACAAUAAGCCAUAAAUGUUCCCUGACAGCAGAAGCUAAUCGUAUAUUUUAUUGUAGAUCUUAUUUAUUUUGUUUUUUUUUAUGGACCGUAUUUAUCACAUAUCCGUGGAGGAUGGGGUCUAAUUUGGGGUUUAUAUCCGCCUGGCGAAAGUGAUACUUGAUGGUGAAGGGGUGAAGCGUGGCACGUUCAUCUGGGUUGAAUAUGUAAUCAUUUGAAUCAUAAGUUAUUCUGGGUAAAUCGUUGGAAGACAUUUUUAGGAGAUUUUCUCAUUACGUAUGUUGUGGAGUCUGAAUUACAUUUUGCCACUUUACCACGGGGUUUACGUGAAUUUCGUCAGUUAGAUAUGUAACAUUGUGCUCACGUUUACACGCAUGAUGAUGAUACUCUGUAGAUAUAUUACACAUGUUUAUGAAGGAAAUUGAGUCAAUAACAGCGGCGUGGAACGUGUAAAUCUGAGUUAAUACUCUGUACAUAUAAAUGGAGAGUUGAAUUGAGUAAAA